AUGAUUUACGGCGAAGAAAACACAGUUCCGGCGAGGCUCCUCACCACGCAGGUGGCGCACUUCCUCCGCACCCACUACGAGAUCAGCCAGGCCGGCCCAGGCAGGGAUGUCGUGCUCACCGUGUCGAGCGGCCAGUCCCGCCUCCCCUGUCUCUUCUUCGGCGUCGUGGCCGCGGGAGGCAUCUACGCCGGCGCGAGCCCGUCCUCGACACCGGUGGCACUGGCGAGUCUGGCCAGGGAGGCGGGCCCGGCGAGGCUGCUUGUCUGCAGCUGGGACAUGAGGGACGCGGCCGUCUCGGCGGCGGAGCAAGUGGGCAUCCCCCUGUACCGUGUCCUCGUGCUCACGUCCUACCCCGAGCUCUCGCUGCAGAGCGCAGAUGGCUCCGUCCGGUGUGACUUCACAUCGCGGGGGGAUGUGCUGCAGUGGACGGCUGUGACGGACCCUGAGGUCCUGGCUUGCACGCCGGUGUGCCUGAUCUACUCCUCCGGCACGACGACGGGGGCUCCCAAGGGCGUCCUUCUUUCGCACGCAAACAUGGUGGCCGAGGCGUUUCUCCCGUCUUCCAUCAACCGCCGCGCCUGGGCGAGCAAACCGCCCCUCAACAACGACGACGCACCGCCCCUGGGACCGGGCUACAGGACACUCGCGCACCUCCCUCCCGCGCAUAUCUCAGGCGUGCAGGGCUAUUUUGUCAACCCCCUCCUAGACGGCGGGAUAGUCUACUGGAUGCCCACUCCAGCAGCCGGGAAUGGUUUCGACAUGGCCGCGUUCCUGCGCUACAACGAGGCCCUGGGGAUAACCAGCUUCUUCACCGCCCCGCCCAUCUACGAGGCCCUCGCCAAGUGCGUCCUGCACAGGCCGGGCCUCGUGGGCGAGCGGACGUUCAAGUCCCUGCGCGUGGCGUACAGCGGCGGCACGCGGCUCCGGCUCGGCGGUGCAGCCGCCGCCGCGGCGCUCCGGGGGCGUAUGGGGGACCCCGAGGGCGGGAGGCCGCUGCUCAUCAGCCAGACCUUUGGCGCGACCGAGACCACUGGCGCGGCGACGCACACGCCGCCUGACCGGGCGGGCUGGGACACCCUGGGGAGCGUUGGCGAGUUGCUGCCGAACGUGCGGAUGCGGCUUGUCGAUGGCGGGGGCCGGGACGUGCCUGUCGGGAUGCCUGGUGAGGCGUUGCUCAAGGGCCCUGUCAUGAUGGGGUAUCAUAAAAAUCCUGAGGCGAAUGCGGCUGUUUUCACUGAGGAUGGGUGGUUCCGGACCGGGGACGUUCUCAGGGUUGUUGAUGGUCUUGUUUACCAUGUGGACAGGAAGCAGGACGUCAUCACAUACAAAGGGCGGAAUGUGUACCCAUCUGAGCAUGAGAGCAUCCUGCUUUCUCACCCAGAAGUGGUGGAUGCAGCCGUCAUCGGUGUUCCAGAAUUAAAUCAGGGUCAUGGUGACUGCCCCGACGAGGUCCCUCGUGGAUUUGUCGUCCUUGCGCCCAAUGCUGGCCGCGCCCACGGCUCGGGCGCAAAGGCCCAGGUCCACGGCUCAGUCGCCUUCUACACGGCCCUGUUCCAGCAGAAGUGCGACCUCGACUGGGCGGCCGUGACGCGCGAGGCGGACAAGUACGUCGCCCGGCUCGGCGUCACAAGCCCGCGCUACCUCGACGAGAUACGCGGCAUCGCCGACGGCGCGGGCGUCGGGUUCCUGGACGUCCUGGCGCUCAACGUGCGCACCGAGAUCAUCUUUGGCAUCUUCACCGAGGCUGAGGCGGCCAGGGCCAGGGGGCCUGCCAAGGUUGUCAAUGGCGUGGACGGUAGCAACGGUGUCGACGGCCAGCACGCGGGGGGCGCCGACUUCCCCAGCGACGGGUGCACAAGCCUCGCCUUCGCCUCCCCGUCUGUCUCCGGCCCGGGAGGCCCGCCGCCGCCGUCCUCCUUCCUCGCGCAGAACUGGGACUGGCAGCCCGCCCAGGCGCCCAACCUCAUCGUCAUCCACAUCUCACAGCCCAACACCACCGAGACCGACGGCAUCCCGGACAUCGCCAUGGUGACCGAGGCCGGCAUAAUCGGCAAGAUAGGCCUCAACGCCGCCGGGGUGGGCGUCUGCCUAAACGCCAUCCGCGCGCGCGGGCUAGACAGCGCCCGGCUCCCCGUGCACUUUGCGCUGCGGGCGGUCCUCGAGUCCGCAUCGCGCGCCGAUGCGCUAGCCACACUGACAAAGCUCGGCGGCGUCGCGGGGAGCGCGCACAUCCUCGUCGCGGACCCUGCGGGGAGCGUGGGGCUCGAGUUUGCGGGCGGGGGGGAGAGGAUCGGGGAGAUCGGGCCGGAUGAGAAGGGUCGGGUCGUCCAUACCAACCACCUUGUGCUGGAGCACCCUGGGGUCGAGGAGCCGGGGUGGUUGCCCGACUCUGGGGAGAGGCUUGCGCGGAUUAGGAAGCUGACGGAUGGGGAGGUCCUCGCGGGGAAGUGGGAUGUCAAGAGGGUGGUGGAGUUGUUCAAGGACGAGGAGGGGUUCCCUUUUUCUAUCAACCGGCUCAGGGUUAAGGAGGGCGAGUCUCAGACGUUGUUCACGAUUGUUAUGGACUUGGGGAGGAAAGAGGCGCUGGUCAAGGUUGGGAGGCCGACUGGGGAUGGGGAGGAGAUUCAUUUGGGAUUUUGA